UCUCCGCCCGACGGGCGCCGCUGAGGAGGCGGCGGGGGCAGCGGGGCGGCGGGAGCGGGCCGCGCGCCCGGCGUCAAUCGGCUCCGAGCCGAGCCGGGAGGCGAAACCGCGGCCCCGCCGAAUCCUCUUCGGUUCUGCGAAAGCAGUAUGGCCGCCAGCCUAUGGAUGGGGGACCUGGAGCCGUACAUGGAUGAAAACUUUGUUUCAAGAGCCUUUGCCACCAUGGGAGAGCUUGUACUGAGUGUAAAAAUCAUUCGAAACAGGUUGACAGGAAUUCCUGCAGGCUAUUGCUUUGUAGAAUUUGCAGAUCUGGCUACUGCAGAGAAGUGUUUACACAAAAUCAAUGGAAAACCUCUUCCUGGUGCUACACCGGCAAAGAGAUUUAAAUUGAAUUAUGCAACGUAUGGAAAACAGCCCGAUAACAGUCCAGAAUAUUCACUUUUUGUGGGAGACCUGACUGCUGACGUGGAUGAUGGCAUGUUGUAUGAGUUUUUUGUUAAAGUUUAUCCAUCAUGUAGAGGUGGAAAAGUUGUUUUGGACCAGGCAGGAGUAUCCAAAGGUUACGGCUUCGUGAAAUUCACAGAUGAACUGGAGCAGAAAAGAGCACUGACAGAGUGCCAAGGAGCCGUAGGGCUGGGCUCCAAACCGGUGCGCUUGAGUGUGGCUAUACCGAAAGCUAACCGCAUGAAGCCAACGGAGUACAGUCAGAUGUACAACUAUGAUUAUAACCAAUAUUACCAACAGUACCACAACUACUAUGCACAGUGGGGCUACGACCAGAACACGGGCAGCUACAGCUACAGCUACCCCCAGUAUGGCUACACACAGAGCACAAUGCAGACGUAUGAAGAAGUUGGUGAGGAUGCAUUGGAAGAUCCAGCACCUCAGUUGGAUGUCCAUGAAGCAAAUAAACAGUUUAUGGAGCAGAGUGAAGAGCUCUAUGAUGCCUUGAUGGACUGUCAUUGGCAGCCUUUGGACACUGUCUCAUCAGAGAUCCCAGCCAUGUUAUAGCCUUGUUGCUGAGGCACUGUCUGUGUGAUGAAUCCGCCGGUGUGCUCUGUUACACUGCAAAUGGAUCCUGCAGGAGUCAGGGGUGGCCCCUUUCCCACUCAGGUCUGUUACUGGAAGUGCAGGAGGAGUGUGGUGUUCCCUGUACAACGCCAGAGCAUGGGAGCAUCGUGAUAACUUCUAUUCGUGGUGGAAGUUAGAACUGCAACGGUUUUAUUCCUUUUGUCUUGAAGUGAACUCUUAAUACUACUUGUAAUUUAUAAACUUGCAACAGGAUGGCACAGGGGAAAGACUACUCCAACGUACAAUAAAGAAGUUGGUCUUUUAAGUAAAAUUACCCAUUGCUUUUUGGUUCCUGCCCCUUUUCUGUUUUGCUGCCCAUUGAACUGUCUUUAGUCAGUUGAUCCAACACUUGUCCAUGUGUUGGUUUGGUUUGGUUUUUAAGAGUCACUGUCAGAUUCCACUAAAACAUCUCAGAAGCUUCCUAGUGACUGGGUGAAGUUGCUGUAAGUUGAGUAUGGGAAGGAAUCACGUGGAUGAAAGCCUAUGUUCUGCUUAAUCUAAGCUGUGAUCUUGAACUAAGCUUGGUGUUCCUAAGCAUUUUGGAGAGCAAAGACAGGAAAGAUUGUCAGAAAACUACUACAGACUGAUGCCUUCUGCUUGAUGGUCUCCAGCAUGUUUGGCUUGCCUCUCCAUCUGUGUGUGAGGAAAGAAUUCCCCACCAGCCAAGCAGUUUAAAACACUUCUACCAGCAACCUUGUUACUGUAUGUACGAUGCCUUUUUCCUUGUUGACAGCCCUCGAUGGGCCCCUUUAUCAUGUUAAGGUUUCACAGCGUCUUCCACUGUCAGAGUAAAUAUGGUGAAACUGAGGAUCUUACAGCAAAAAACGGGUCAGAGCAAUCCAAUCAAUGUAUUGUGCAACAAAUUGUUGCUGACUUGGAAAGCGUUUUUCUACUGAAUGUUGUAUAAGCUGGAUGGACAAGCAAUAUAUUUAAGCGAAUAUUGUGUUGCUUUAGAGGUGAAAGCAAAAAUAAUAGCACUUAUGUACAUGUUAUAAGCCCUUUUCAGGCUUUUGUGCCUUAAACUCUUUGAGAAAUAGGAAGAUUUAAACUACCUGUAAUAAAUGUCUGUCCAAGAAAUAAUUUGGUGACUGAUUGCUCAUGCACAGCAUUAAGUUGCCUCCCUUCCCAUAUUGAUACAGAGAUUUGCCACAAAAUUUAAAUACUUUCAUAAAGCCUACUUCUGCUACACCUUUGUUUGUUUGUGAUGUAUUUGUCAGUCUGUGGUCAUUUUUAUCAACUGCAAUGGUGGACAUAACUGUGAAUAUGAGGAUAACGGUGACCUGCACUGGAUUUAACAUAUUUCUGGUGUGCUAAGAGGAUUCUGCAUUCUCUUCAGCUGGGAACUUAUAUCUCCUGCUGUGCUUUUGACAGUGCAGUGGACCAUAAACAGUGAUCUGACCUUCAUUUGCUCUGUAUUUAAGGAAUGAAUGCUCCUGGUGUGUGCUGUAGCAUCUCAAGGGCAAUGCAGAGGUGGAGGGGAGCUCCUUCCCUUUGAUGAAGCUGCUCAGCAGUGCUGAAUGCUAAGAAAUGGUAUCACUCUACUUGAGAAGCUCUUGUUCAGUAGGGUGGCAUUUCAGAGGUGAUGUGAAGGUUCUCACGUUCUGCUGUGACACAUUCUACAUCAUUGUUGAUGUGCUGCAAGAGUGCUACCCUGUGCAGCCUUCAUUUUCUCUUUUUGUCCUGCCCUCCCAACCCCCCAGAUUUCAGCUUUUAUAAUACAGCCCUCCUGGUUGACGACAAGCUUAGUUGAUCUGUGCUGCUGUUG